AGUCUGCAAAUUAUUCAAUGUUGAUGCGGCUUAGAAUAGUGCAGACGUUUAAUCAUCGUCUGGUGAACCUACCUCUCCUUCGCCACAGGUAUUCCACCAUGGCUUAUCCCACAGAGGAGCAGUUCACAACGGCUGAGAUAGAAGACAUUCCUAAAAAGCUAGAUCUCAUUCAACCUCAAUCACUAGCCUUGGAAGAGAUUGAGGACAGUGCUGAAAUACGCCAAAAAUACCGCCCAUUCAUCCUCAACGACAAUACAGCGACCGACUGGGUCGACCAAUUAGAGUUGCAUACGGUUCUAAAUAUGGCAGAAAGGCAUGUACGAGAUACAAAAAAAAGAUUGAAAGUUCUCGUACUCUACGGCAGUCUUCGCAAAAGAUCAUACUCGCGACUUGUGGCAUUUGAAGCUUCUCGGAUUCUCUUCCGACUAGGCUGCGACGUCCGCGUGUUCAACCCUGAGGGCCUGCCUGUGAAGAAUGAUAUCGACCAUGGUCAUAUAAAGGUACAGGAGCUGCGUGAACUUAGCAAAUGGAGCGAUGGACAUGUCUGGGUUUCUCCAGAACAGCAUGGAAAUCUCACUGCUGUUUUUAAGAAUCAAAUUGAUUGGAUCCCGCUCAGUGUCGGAAGUGUCCGUCCAACACAAGGCCGGACGCUUGCUAUUGCGCAGGUGUGCGGUGGAUCACAAUCCUUCAAUGCAGUCAAUUCUCUACGGAUCCUCGGUCGGUGGAUGCGAAUGUUUGUCAUUCCGAAUCAAUCUUCAAUUCCAAUGGCCUAUACCCACUUUCCGGACGAAGGUCAGGACGGGGACCAGAGACUCCUGCCUAGUAGUAAUCGAGACCGCUUGGUGGACUGCAUGGAGGAGUUUGUCAAAUAUAGCAUCCUGAUGCAGCCUCACUUGGAGCUAUUUGGCGAUCGCUUCAGCGAGCGCCAAGAGAAGAAGCGAAAGACAUGAGAUGGGACUUAUAUAUGAAAGAGAUAUCAGUAUUAGUGGAUAGGAUUGCUAUCCAAUAUACACAAAUAUGGAAUUCUUCCACAACGGUAAGCGUGGAGAUCUAAGCACGGCUCUCAAAUAGACUACUCGGAUUUCAAUUCUUUCCAGACACUCUCGUCAUACUCGCUCAUUAGCUCGGUGUAUUCUGGACCUGCGGCAACCCACCCUUUGACACCCCCUUCAAGUACAAGGCUCUGCAGAGUUGUAUCCUGCUGUUCUUCCAAAUAAUCCGCGAACCAACCAGCGGCGCGCACCCCUCGGCCUCUCGAUGAGCUUCACAUUACUCUGCGAUAGAA